AGUUCUGAAAUUUAAAAAGUUUACGUUUGAAAGUCGUUACUGCAAGGAAACGAUUGCGUUGUUUUGUAAAAUAUUGCAAGAACUGAAUUAUUUUCUGGUUUUCAAUGCAAUAAAACGAUAUUUUGCAGUGCCCUACUAAUUAUCAAUCUACCGUUGUGUCUGUACUAACCGCACGCGGUAGUUUUUGUACAGCCCCACUCUCGCGUUCUCGCCGCGUUUUAUCGAAAAGCUAACAAAAUUCCGUACUACAAAAUGGAUGAUUUUCUCAAAAUUGAGAAGAUCGGUGAAGGUACUUACGGUGUUGUUUACAAGGGGAAAAAUAAAAUAACCGGCCAGUUUGUGGCUAUGAAGAAAAUUCGUUUGGAGUCUGAAGAUGAAGGCAUUCCGUCCACUGCUAUUCGCGAGAUCUCACUCUUGAAAGAGCUAAACCACCCAAAUAUAGUGAAGCUGGAGGAUGUGCUGAUGGAAGAGUCGCGACUAUACCUCAUUUUCGAGUUCCUCUCUAUGGACCUGAAGAAAUAUAUGGACUCUCUUGGAAAUGGAAAAUUUAUGGACCCGGCGGUGGUGAAAAGCUACCUGUACCAGAUCAACAGCGCCAUCUUGUACUGCCACCAGCGCCGCAUUCUGCACCGAGACCUCAAGCCACAGAACCUGCUCAUCGACAAGACUGGCAUCAUUAAGGUGGCGGACUUCGGGCUGGGGCGCGCGUUCGGCGUGCCGGUUCGCGUUUACACGCACGAGGUCGUCACGCUGUGGUACCGCGCGCCCGAGGUGCUGCUCGGCAGCCAGAGGUAUUCCUGCCCGAUCGACAUCUGGUCUGUGGGCUGCAUUUUCUCGGAGAUGUCGUCCAAGAAACCCCUUUUCCAGGGAGACUCGGAGAUUGACCAACUCUUCCGAAUCUUCAGGAUGCUUCGCACUCCUACUGAAGAGAUCUGGCCCGGUGUCUCUUCCCUACCUGACUACAAGCCUACCUUCCCCAAUUGGAACACCUUUAAUUUGCACAACCACGUCCAAAACCUAGACGAAGUGGGCAUGGACUUGCUCCAAAAGAUGCUUGUCUAUGACCCGGUGAAGCGCAUCUCCGCCAAAGACGCGCGCCGCCACCGCUACUUCCGUGACGUCAAGCUACCGCCCGGCCUCACGCUACACUCGGCCUACAUACGCUACACGGGACACGAGAACGAUACAGACAACGCGCAGUGCGUGUAGAGGUAACUUUAGUUAUAUUUUAGGUGAUAUUAGACAUCCAGAUUGGACCUUGAUGUUAUGUUCUUAAGGUCGACGUUGUCACAGCAAUGUUGUGACCUCAGACUCUUGAUAUCUUGAUAUUUAGUCCGUAACGGUCAACGUUUCUUUCAAUGUGUUGACGUCAGCCGCAAUGGGCUUGAUUCUGAGACUACUGAAAAGUAUCCUUUAUUAUCUCUUAUUCUUGCCUUUUUCUUUCAAUAAGCCACAUGAGGAUCUGUCUAUGAAAACAACUACGCUACAUACUUUAAAGCAUAAUGUGUGUAACAACAUGCAUUCUACCAGUAUUUGUAUUGGCCUUAAUGCAUGCACUGACUUAAGAAUCGAGCCCAUUGAUGGAUUCUUUAGGAUUGUCCACUUGAAUAAGCUUUAUGCUGAUAAUUCCAUAGUUAUUGGGAUGGGUGUGAGUUCUGUUAAUUCUAUUUAUCAGAUGAAUGCUCAGAACUCAUAAAGUACCAUGUUAAUGGCUAUGGUCAUGUGUGUGAGAGAAAAUUGAUAGACAUCUGAAUUUUAUGCCUUAAUAACUAAGCAAUAUGUAGAUGUAAAAUAGUAUAUUUUGUGCUAAAUGUCUUUUAUGUUAAGAGAGGUCAGUACGCCUGCUAUUGCUUCACUUCACACGAUCUGUUCGUCAUUGUAAUUGACAAUAUAAAUUUCUUGUCUCAUUAUUAUAACUUUCUAAUUCAAGUGGAUUAUGCUUACGACCUAGGGACUAUGUUAAAAUUUUAUUUAUAGUAUAAUUUUGAUUUGUCUGUGUUGACAUUUUCUAUUGGGCCAUGCGAUUCUAUGGCCCGUGACACACUACGACUUUUGCAGCGUUAUAAACAUACACGUGGAAAUAAAAUAUUAGCGUUUGUUUUCUAUCGACCUGAUGCAUACAAAGUUCUCUGUUACACAUGACAAACACUGCAAUACUAAUGAGCACUAUGCCUGGAUCUACCAACGAUUCUAUCUAUUUAUUUAUAAUUUUCAAAUUAGUUUGAGAUGCGACUCUUAACGCUAAAAAUUAAAUAACUAUGAUUCUAUCUAUACUUACUGCCUAUUGUAAAACUGAAGAGUUGUUUAUUUGGUUGAACACUCUGAACUCGGAACAAAUGGUUCGAACAUGCUAGUUAUACCACUUGGCAUGUCAGGGGUCAGGCCCUCCCUAAAAAUAACCUUAUGCCAAUGGGUUCGAAUAAUUUCAAAUAUUUUAUUUUAUUAAAAACACUGCAAUAAGUCGCGAUGUGUAAAAGGCCUUCUACUUCAUUACCAAAAUUAGAUCAUUUUUUUUAUAUUUAUGUAUUUACUUUCUCGAAUCUUCUAAAUAAAAUACUGUUGUUACACAUGAUGACAGAUAUGAAUGAUAAGUUAAUAUGAAAGUUGUAUUAUCUUGGGUGCUGAAUUACAGGAAAAUAAAAUUAAUAUACCUAUGUGACAGAAUCAAAAUAUAGUAUUUUCCCCCUGCCGUCUGGAUAAAAAUAAAAUCAUAUUUAAUUAUUGUAUUACAUAACAUCAUAUAAGCUUUUCAGGGAAUAUGAUUGUAUUAUCGAAUGAUUCGUAUGUCGUAUGAUGAUCGUAUCGUAACUCGUGGCCUUAGGAACGAUUGUAUUGUAAAUACUUUGGGGUGGUAAUUUAUAGUUUGGUAACUCUUUUGUACAAAAGAUAACGCAUCUUAUUGUUGUAUGGAUAUUUGGGAAUCUAAAGGCACAGUUACACAUGCUCAUUACGUCAUUACUAGCACGAAGCAUGCCACUGUUGAGCAAUUGUUACUAAAUAGCAUGCUCAUUUGGAGCACGCUUGUUUCAAGAAUGUUAUAAAGCAUGACAUUUUAUGAGCAUGUGUAACUUUACCUUUAUGUAUUGUUUGAUUGGUUUUCGAACUACAAUGUUCAUGAAUUAUUUCCAUUGAUUGAAUUGAACAAAUAAGUAAUUAUAGUAGGCCUAAGACUUGAUUCAUUCAGAUUGACUGAAUAUGUUUAACCUUUCUUAUCUUAUUUUUUGCGUAACUUAUCGUUUCGAUAUUUUUCGAGUCUCUCACGUUAAGGCUCAUUUACACCCUUAGUAAAGCUCUUCAAAAAUGUACUACCAGGUAUAUUAAUUCGAAAUUAAAGUCGGCGUAAGAGUGUAAAUGAGCCUGAAAUGUUUUAUCUUAUAUUAAGUUUUUAUACAAGUACACUUAAUUUAAUUUAUCGCUAGGCUCUCGUGUCCGGCACGCGAGGUUUUAUUUAGUUCGUUUCGCAGUGAUCAAUGAUUGCAAAUUGUAAAUAUCCUUGUGCCAAAACUAACCGCGUAUGAUAUGGUUAAUUUAUUAGACAAUGUUUAGUCCACGGCAUGACAAACCAGAAAAAAAAAUAUUCUUAAAAAAAUAGCAACAAAGAAAUGUUUGAUAAGUCAAAAUGUAACCGCACAUAUCGCUAGCUGGUUUGUAAUGGGUGCUUUUCCAUCUAGUCAAUGUACCGCGCUUCGUCAGAAAGAACAUGAUUUUUCAAAUAACGAAGUCAGAUAUCGAUAAUUUUACUAGACUAGAUUUUUACCCCUAUGUUUGUGCUAUGAAUGUGCGUCAAUUUUGCAUAUGGUACGUCAAACAGUGUCGCAUCUUAUUGAGUUGUAAUAGAUGCGACUUGGCGACUUAAAUGUACAGCCCGGUCGAGUUAACUGCUUACGUGGCGGCUGUGACGUCACAUCGACGCUCUGAUAUGGACGGGGCGAACGCAGGGAGGUGGGAGGGAGAGUCGCAUUCCAGCGAGGUGCGCAGUUAGCGGUGUGCUGUUGCUGUUGCUUUACUUAUUCUGUACUAAGUACAUCAGGUGAUAAGUCUGCUCGUUUGCCACCUGUCACAAAAAAAAAACCUAUACGAAAGGCACGCCUGGUUAGGUGCAAUCGUUGUGGUUCGUAAGGUCUACUCAGCUAAAUACUGGGUUUGUAUCAGAGUAUUAAAGAUGACAGUAUGGUAUUGCAAUAUUAUUCGGGAAAUCCUUUAUGUGUGCUUUUAAAUACAGUUGGUGUAUGCGUCUCGUACUUGAAAUAGUCAAAUAAACAAAUUGAUCACUGUGUAUUGUCUUUAUGUCUUUAAUGAAUAAUGAAUUUAUGUUUAAGAUGCGAAUGUUUGAUUUAGGUAUUCAUUAAUGUGUAAAAAUAUAACGAUUAUUUU